GGUUUGAUAGCGAAGAAAGAAAGCCCGUUUCAGAAUCUACGCCCAUGCUCUGACCAAACUUCGGGGUCCUCUGAACUGCGUGAUUACCACUCAGCUGGCGAAGUUUUCUUUUCUUUUCUUUAUUUUGGUCGAAGCCCGCGCAAUUGCGCGAAUAGCCCCACGAGCUCGAGCCCGCCAGCUGGCCUUCCUUGCGAGGCAGAUGACAGAGGAGAGUUGAGGAGGCAUUGAUGACACAACCACAACCUCGUGACUCGCGUACUGCAGGUACUAUCGUACUAUCAGCAACCAGCGUUAUCAGCGUGGCCGAAUUUCGAGACAAACUUUCACUGGCAAGUGUAUGUGAAAUGACAGGCGCGUGACUGGGCGUAUGAUAUAUGCUCCUUGUGAAAGUCAUGAUCGCGAAGGUAGUAUUUGUUGCUCUGCUUGCGCACACUCACGCAGCAUAUCAAAGAAAGCUCACAGCUAAUCUCAACCCGUUUUGUGAGGACAAGGAGGUUUGUGGCCUCUGCUACGUCACGGCCGAUGGCUCAAAUGACACUCUGCAUUAUUUUUGGUCUGUUUUGGGGACACCAGCUGCACUUGUCAUCCAAACCCCACCGGACAGCAAACUCAUUGACAUUUCAUGGGAAUCGCUACGCGGGCACAACCUGAGCGAAACAACCUUUGCGUUUAGUGGUCCUGUGCUCUCUUCAUCAGCUGUAGUCAUCUCAAAGCUCUUGGAGUACAAUGACCCGGAAAACAAGGCUCAUCUUAACACCACUGAGAAGAAUGGCACCCACUACAUCGACCAGAGCAAACUUUUGUGGAAGGAAAUUCAGGGUUGCACUGGCAAUGGAAGCAGCUUGGUUACUGCAACAUUUAUUGCGUAUGCCACCACAUCUGCUCAUGAUGAAGGGUUUUUCUCAAACAAUGGCACCAUUCAGUUUACGCUUGAAGUCCAAGACAGUGAUGGCCAUGACAUCCAGUUUCCGCAUCUCUUCUACACAAGCAACAGUAGCCAAAUUCAGCUCUCUUUGCUCAACCUUUCACCUCAACUAGGCAAGACGUCACAGUUUGCAUUCGAGCUGACUGUUCUUGAUGACUCCUCUCAUAACAGAAGCUACAGCAUCAGCAGUACAAGAACUUUUGAUGAUGAGUACACACCAGGCGUUUUUACAAGUGUGGCCCUGUUUGAUGAAAAUGAAAAUUCCUCGUCCACCUUUUACCUUCAUUGGAAGCCAGUCUGCUAUCGUGACGCAGGAAGAACAGUGACACUAUCGGUUGAUGCUGCAUAUCAAAACCUCACCCCUGCUGCAAGCUGGUGGACCUUUAAUGUGGCAACAGCAUGGCUUGCACAUAGGGCACCCAAAGUAGCCUCUUCAGCUGUCACUGUGGCCUUUGGCUCAGAAGGUGACGGCUGGUACCAGGAAAACAGCUAUGCCACAUGGGCCAUGUCAAGUGGGUUUGGAGAGAGGCCCCUGGAGCAUGUUUCUGUGACAGUGCUGUCAGUUACCUCUGUCGGUCUUGGAAUCCCUGCCAUCAUCGCACUUGGCACAGUGAUCUACGUGUCACUACACAAACCGGAGCCAAAACUGUGAUCUACGACACCACCAGAAGAAUGGACAAACUACCUCUGCGGCUCUGAGAGAGACUUUCGCAUACAAUGCAGUGUUGUCAGAGCAUGCGGAGACUUGGCAUAGUCCACCAAUGGUUGCAACUACUAGUCCGUACUGCCCACGCAGUUAGGUACUGCCGCACAGCAUUAUCAUUUUUAACAAUGACUGCACUAAUGUGCCUCACAUCAUGUUUGUUAUUCCCAGCAUGUUCAGCGGUAUUUUUUAUUUUAGAUCUGACAUUUCACAGGACAACUGUGCAACAAUGACCCAGCUUUCUUCCUAAAGUUAUAGUCCUCUUCAGUUACUUCAGGUACAUUGUUCAAAAUAUGCUCUUGAGAGAAAAAGACAAGAUGACAGCAAUAAAGGACAACCUCAGAAUCACCAAAA